ACACUGGUCGGGAUGGCUGAGUUUGAGUGGCCGUGGCAGUACAGUUUUCCUCCCUUCUUUACUCUGCAGCCGAAUGCAGAUGUGCGGCGGACUCAGCUUGACUCUUGGUGUGCUCUGGUCGUGAGCUGGGGCAAGAGCAACAGUGUCAGUCAGAUUGAUGUAACAGAGGCAUCCUCACUACCUGUGUUUAAAAACAAUGCUAUCAGCCGUGCCUUGCCAGUAGAUGGUAUAAAAGUUGUGUUAGAUGAGCUGGCUAAACGUGGGAACCUCGAGUGGACGGACAAGACUAGACGGAGAGGUUAUCUGCUGUGGAGAAGUCCAAGUGAGUGGGGUCAGCAGAUCUAUAGUUGGGCACAGUCUACCAGCCGCAUCAAUAACGUGUGUACGCUGUAUGAGAUCAACCAGGGUGACGAGUCUGCCGACCAAGAAUUUCAUGGUUUGGAUGGAGACAUUCUUCUUAAAGCCCUUAAAACAUUAGAAGUGACCGGCAAGGCUGAGUUGAUGGAUUUUGGUGAUAAUCAGGGAAUCAAGUUUCUUUAGAGUGCCUUUGUUGUUGUCAUCAUAGGUGUAGAAUUAGCUCAUCAUUUUCACAUAUUAUUGUAUGGUGAUCUUAUGACAUUUUGGCCUUGGGUACAGAGGAAGUAUUAGAAUUUCAGUUAACUGUGUCGUGGAUUACUUCAGUUGGUGACAAGGUAAACAAAAGUACAGAAUUUGAUUUUUAUAUUUAUUGUGUUAUGAUUCUCUUAGCUGAUACCUUUUGUGGUAGUAUUUGUGUUUCUUGAUUAUCACACCAAGCCUUCUACUACAUUACCUAACUUAACAAACAGAAGAACAUUAUCCCGAGAGCAGGGAGUCACCGGUUAAUGCCAGGACAGAGAGGUCACUGUAUAUACCCUGUAGAACAAAACUGCUGGGUUGUGUGUAUACCUGUACCUGUAGCCAUGAAAAAAGUCCUGUCAGUCUUCCAUCCCAUCCAUGACUCUUAAGACUCAUGAACCCGUGAAUCCGAGACAUCACACAGAGUGCCAUCGACGGGCCCAAUACUGUGUCACGUCUCGGAUUCACAGGUUCAUGGAAGUAACGGAGGUUUGACGGGACUUUUCCAUGACUUUACAUAUAAAUCUGAUUACUAUUUCUUGUAUACAAAACAGAUAGCCAACAUAAAUUAAUUUCUAAAACACUUUGGCUAUUUUUUGUCAUUAUAUAAAGGUUUGUCAAAGAUCCAUCAAUUACACAUAAAACAGUUCUUGGUAAGGUAUGGUAGUGAUGGAAGCACAACUAGCAGAUGGAGCUUUAUUCUUGAUGUUUUAGUACAAGACUUUAUUAAACAUCGGGAAUAAAGUUCCAUCACUUAGGCGUGUUUCCUUCACUACCAUACUAAAAACUACUGCAGUAUGUCCACAAUUAACAAUGUUUAAUUCUAGGUAAAUUCUACAUAUUGAUGAAACUGUUAAAUACAAGAAGUAGUUAUAUUCAGAUAGUUUGAAGAGAAUCGGUGAAGUUGACCAAAGAAAUGGGGAAGAAUUACGAGUCAUUCACUUGUUUGGGGCAGAAGGAAGUAAGUUUUGGUGUACACUAUAUAUAACAGCCUUAUGAGGAGAGCUGCAGUAGGUGUUAUUGGAGCCAGGGGUGGUGAUGGUCAUAUGGAGACACUGUAAUUCUACCUGCUGGCUGUCACCUGCUUCUACUUUAUUACUGGUAGGGUUACUGCUUUCCUAGUGUGAUGACAAAACACUUUGGUUGAAAUUUAUUUAGAUUAAAUAAUUUUCAGUAAAACAAGCAUUUUAUAUUUAAUUAAUCAUGUAUUUAAGGAAUGAAGUUAAGGAAAAGUAAAUUUAGUAGUCCAGAGCCUCAUGAGUUUCUGACCUCUGGGAAUUAUGUUAAAAUGAAUACUUUGUUGAUUAUGUCAAGUCCGCUACAAUAAAAACUAUUUUAUACAAUA